AUGCAGCAAGGGCAUCAGAUUUGCAGAACCAACGUCGUGUCUCCAACCAUUACGGUCACUUGCAAAAUCGUUUCGGAUACUCAGAUUCAGAUAAUUCGACAAAUUUUUAUGGACAAAACGUUCCAAACAGUAGGAGCCUUGAAAAUCAUCGAAUGCAAUCGUUUCCGAAUGAACAGCCACUGUUUCACGCCGAAUCCCUAUUUGCUCGCCAGCAGGCCGAGAAUCCUGACCUCCAUACAAUUACUUUUAAAGAAUUCCCAGCAGAACAUGCUCCCGUAUUUCCUAAUGCAUAUGCGGUCCGCUCCAAAGAUCCAAGGCGCAGAGUUUGAUUUAACCACAACACAUCUGGCUGAUCUUAGUAGCUGCCUACCAACAUCGAUAACGAUUCAAAGUUUGCAGGAAGAAUCGCAAUCAGUGGACUGUAAGAAUCCUUUGAGGGAUUUGCUAACCGAUCAUAUAGCUUCACAGGAAAAACCAUCGUCACAGUCCGCAUCGAAAGUAUGGGGAGGAUCAGCAGGACAUCACUUGCCUUUGCAACGCCGCGGCGGCUUCGACACUAUUCUGCCUCGCGUUUCUACAAAAGGCAAAUAUUUCUUGAUCCUUCGAAUUUCUGCUCCUUCAUUUUGCAUUAGACGCGAAAUUUAA